CGGAAAGUUCAGUGAGCAUCGUAUUCAACUCAUUGUUUUUCUAUUUUCGAUCAACCAGGCGACAAAUAACAAAAGUUAUCUGGAAUUGUUUCUAGUUAUCGCAUUUACGAAUGAUAAUAUAUAUCAGCAGUGGUGAAUUUACCUGAAACUAAUGUUUAUGUUCAGUUUGAAUGUAUUUUGUAUUCACCUAUUAUAGCUCCAAUAAUAGUGUAUCUUAGGUCUUUCAUGGCUCUUAUACUUAUUUCAGUAUCAUUUCUUGCAAUCGCGUUCGUAUCAUUGAAAUUAUAUCUAACUUUGAAGUGUAAAUGGUGUAUGAGUAAAAUAUGUCUAGUGGGAAAAACUGUUAUAAUCACAGGAGCUAAUUCAGGCAUUGGAUAUGAAGCUGCCCUGGAGAUCGCCAAACGUGGCGCUCGAGUGAUUUUGGCUUGCAGGAACGAGGACAAAGCAGUUCAAGCAAGGGACAGUAUAAUAAGGGAAACAGGAAACAGCAACGUGACAUUCGGACUGAUCGACUUCUCUUCCUUGGAGUCCAUCAGGCAAUUUGCCAAACAAAUAUUGGCCAACGAGAAGCGAUUGGAUAUUCUGAUAAAUAAUGCGGGCGUGGGUUUUUUAAGGGAUAAGAUGACUGUCGACGGGCUGCAGGUGCUGAUGCAGGUCAAUUAUUUUGGACCUGUCCUCUUGACCAUGCUUCUUCUGGAUUUAUUGAAGAAAUCCGCCCCGAGUAGAAUAAUCAACGUGUCUUCCUUAUUAGCGAAGAAGGCGAAUCUGACUGUUGAAAAUUUGAACAAAUACCCAGGCAAAAUAAAGAACUACAACAACAGUAAAUUGGGAAACAUAUUGUUCACUAUGAAGUUAGCUGAAUUGUUGAAGAACUCGGAUGUCAGCUUGUUUUCGGUUCACCCAGGAGUCAUUGAUACCAACAUAUUCAGGAAGAUCCAAGGGUUCCGGAAAAUUAUUCUGGAUUUCGUAAAAACUGUUUAUUUCAAGACACCAGAAGAGGGUGCUCAGACCAUUUUGUUUACUGCCCUGGAACCGGGUCUAGAAAUAUACACCGGGGGUCAUUUUGAUGAAUGUGCAUUGAGAGAAACAUAUGAAACUGCUAAGGACCCCAUAUUGAUGGAAUCGAUUUGGAAAAAAACCAUGGAAUUGCUGAACCUUGAAGUGGAUCAGUUGUUAUCAUCGUCCUGAUUCUAAAUUCUUUUGAAUCAAUAAAAUCAUAGGACCUUAUUCCGCUUGCAGCUUUUCAUCAUAUGAUCAAUAUUACAUCGAGGAUGCGAUGUAUUAAAUUCAGAAAAUUUGGAUAUUACAUUCGCGUGACAAUCAGAGAUAUUCUGCUCCUGUCAGCUAUAACACACCCUGGUCCAUUCUAGAAAACUCGACUACAAAAAAUAUACAUCUCUA